CAGGCGCCGCUGCUCCCCGCCAACGACUCCUACCACGGCCGAAACUGCAGCGCCGAGGAAGGGACCUACCAAGAUGCCACCCCCCUCUCCGGGAAGAUCGUGCUCGCCGUCGUCCUGGCGCUCGUCACCCUGGCCACGGUGCUCUCCAAUGCCUUUGUCAUCGCCACGGUCUACCAGACGAGAAAACUCCACACGCCGGCCAACUAUCUCAUCGCCUCGCUGGCCGUAACCGACCUCCUCGUCUCCAUCCUCGUCAUGCCCAUCAGCACCGUGUACACUGUGACCGGCAGGGGGACGCCGGGNNNNGUCGUCUGCGAUCUCUGGCUGUCCUCGGACAUCACCUGUUGCACGGCGUCCAUCCUGCACCUCUGUGUCAUCGCCCUGGACCGCUACUGGGCGAUCACCGACGCCGUCGAAUACUCCACGAAACGGACUCCCAAGCGGGCAGCGGGCAUGAUCGCUCUGGUGUGGGUCUUCUCCAUCUGUAUCUCCAUGCCCCCUUUGUUUUGGCGGCAGGCGAAGGCCGAGGAAGUCUCACACUGUGUGGUGAACACGGACCACGUCCUCUACACCGUGUACUCCACGGUGGGAGCCUUCUACUUCCCCACGCUGCUACUGAUAGCCCUCUACGGGAGGAUCUACGUGGAAGCCAGAUCGCGGAUUUUGAAGCAGACGCCAAAGAAAGCAGGUAAAAGACUCACGCGGGCUCAGUUAAUCACGGACUCCCCGGGGUCGUCCUCCUCCGUCACGUCCAUAAACUCCAAGGCCCCCGAGGGAUCCAGCGAAACGGGCUCCCCCGUGUACAUGAACCAAGUGAAGGUGAAGGUCUCGGAUGCCUUGCUGGAGAAAAAGAAGCUCACGGCCGCUAGAGAGCGGAAAGCUACAAAGACUUUAGGGAUUAUUUUAGGAGCCUUCAUCGUCUGUUGGCUGCCCUUUUUCAUCAUCAGCCUGGUGUUGCCUAUUUGCAAGGACGCUUGCUGGUUCCACAUGGCCAUCUUUGACUUUUUCACGUGGCUUGGAUAUCUCAACUCCCUCAUCAACCCCAUCAUCUAUACUAUGUCUAACGAAGACUUCAAACAAGCUUUCCACAAACUCAUACGUUUCCGAUGCGCAAGCUGAACAUUUUGAAUGCGAUGUGUUCUGCGG